AUGUCGCUGCGGCUUCCAUUUCCCGCCUCGGCUCUCGAUGGCAGGGCGUACAGAGAAGAGGACCUCCCGCUGGCGAGAACAGCUUCGAACCGAUUCACGAGACCGCCGGCGCUCGAGACGGCAGUGCCACAGCACCCCUUCUUGUCUGCCCUUGCUGCAGCUCCCAUGGCCACUGCUGCUGCUGCCGCCAUGGACCUUGCCCCCCUGCCCCCUCCUUCCCCCCAGCGGCGUCGUGUGGUUCUCCCCGACCCUGUUGCCUUCAAGUUCCUCGAAGACGAUCCCUCGGUCACGGUUGUCGCCCGCAAGCGGGUGCUUCCCGGCUACGAGCUAUACCUCGUCGAGCAGUGGGUCUGCUCGCGCCAGACGCCCGCUCUGGUCAUCGUAACGUAUACGGGCGACCCCAAACACUCGGUCGUUGUGGGCGUCUUGGAGGCGCCCAAGGACGAGAAGGACUGGUCGCAGAGGCUGCGGGUCUAUUUCAAGGCCAUCCAGCAGUACCAUGCCCGGCCCAAGGAGACGGAGCUCGGCGAGUUGAUGGUCACCAACCUCAGCAGCUUUCCCUCGGCCCUGACCGUCAUCGCCGUUCCUGACGGCGACUUCCGCAGGCACCGCCAAGUUUUCAUCGUCAACGAAGAUCUCAAGCGUCUGGGGUGCUCGGGCCGCUCCGGUCUUACCCUGUCAGACCCAACGCCGGCCACCCAGGCCAAGUUUGUACAGCUAUACAAGACCAGCGACAGGAACACCGUCUCCGACGCGGUGCUGGAGCUGAUUAAGCUCUGCCAGAUUGCCCUCUUCAUAUUUGGCAAGCUGGAACAGGAAUACGUGGACGGCCUGCUCUGUGACGUGACCGAAACGGCCAUCAGCAACUGGUGGACCGAGAUAGGCUCGGAAUAUUUCAAUAUCGAGCCAACCGACGGCAUUCUAGGGCCCACCACUAUUGCUGCCCUCUUGGGCAUACUGCUGGGAGCGAGGAACCGGCUCAGCUACUGGGGCGCGCCCGUCUCCAAAGACGUCUUCGAUAUCGACAGCACGAAGAGGGGUGUGGGUACCUUCCAGAAAAAUUACAAGUUAGAGAAGACGCGGCGUCUGGACCGGCAGACGCUGCUCAAACUACACAGUGUUACGGCAAAAGCGGCCGCCGGAGAUGGGGGCUGGGGGGUUCAGAAGGCGGUCAAAUCUACAGUUGCCGAGAUUGGCGGCAAGAGGGGCGAGCUGGUCAUCGGCAUGGUUGGUGGCCGAGACAAGGCCAAUAUUGGCGAUAUUGAGACUCUGGAUCUGGACAAGUUCAUAAGCCUGGCGUACGGCGAGCGGCCAAAGUGGCUGUGGCACGGCAAGCCAAGGAGGACCCAGCACGAACAGUCGGUGCCCGCCUUCGGCAAGGAGCUCAAGGACGACAACACAAUACAAUCAGUAAGCCGGAGGACGCAGUCGGCGCCCCUGGAAGACGAGCUCGAGGUCAAGAAAAAGGAGGAUUCGCCCGGAGUCUACUCGACUUCCCCGCCUGGCUCUGCGCCUGCCAUGUCCGACGGCCCCAACGACAGAGACGCUCUACGGAGGACGGUUUUCAAGAGCGUCGCUGGAAAAGUCAGCGACGCUCGCUCAGGGCUAGGUCGCAUCAGAGAUGCCGUGGGAGGCGGGUUGCGAGGCCACGUGAGCCGGCCCUCGAAAGACGAGAGCCCGGGUCCAGACAUGGCCACAGGCGGAUAUUCGACGCCGAGCAUAGCAGCCUUGGCUCAAUCAUCCGCGAGUUUGACGAGUCCAGUCGCAAUUGGUAGGGCAUUCACGUGGAAAGUCAAGCCGGAGGAGUACCUAGCGGCGUUGAAAGACAAGGAAGGCGCCGAGGCUGCUCACAUCAUGGGUCCUGCUGCCGAAGAGAGCGAGAGCCAGCCAUCGACAGCCAGGGAUGCGCCACAGCUAUUUCACGUAUCUAAAACUGGCUCGGACGAAAUGGUGAGGGACAACUCGGUAGAAUCGCACGCUGUUGAAGCUCGGAAAGGCAUCGCCAGCAGUAAUGGCUCGGCUGCCGGCUCGGCCGCGGAAGAAUGCGAUCUGCCAACGACGGUCCCGGCCGCAGAGCCCGGUACGGACGUUCCCUUCUCCUUUCUCCAGCGGCGCCAUAGCAUCAACGGCCCGGGUGGCGCUCCAUGCCUCAACGAUGCACGAUACCCCCGGCGUCUCUCGUUCAGCGAGGCUGAAGACGCUAUCUUGCGGUGGCACGAGAUCAUCGACAUUACAGACGCCUCGACCGACGCUCCCGACGUAUCCAACGUCCUGGUGCUACAGGCGCAAGCCGAACUUGCCCACAGCCUCUACGACCGUUUGCAUGCCAUGCAGACAGGCCUUGCGCCGUGGGUGACGGCUAAGCUGCAUGGCGUCGAAGAGCUCGACGAGACGUUUGGCGGCCAGCAGUCGGACCUGCAGGCGCUCUACCUCGCGGUGGACGACGCGUACCAGCGCAUCCGGCACAGCAGCGGCGAGCUAGUGGCGGAGGAGCGCUCGCGCCUAACUGAAGCCGUCAAGGACGUAGAAGUGCUAGUGGCGAAGCUCGAGUACGAGAUCAGCGCGCUGGUGGGGCGCGUCCGCGACGUCGAGGACGGCGUGGCCCAGUUCGAAGCCCAGGUCGCCGACGUGGAGCGCCGCGCCGACGAGCUCAAGACGGUCCUGGAGACGGAGAGCUGGCUGCACUGGUUUGUGCGCACGCUCACGGGAAUCGGCACCGGUCCUAAUAUUACCAGGGGCCCGAGCCAGCGAGGGGAAGCCCUCGACCGGAAGACGUAA